GGCAGGAACAUGGAUCCUGGUUCUGCCUUAUCUCACUUCCCCUCUGAAAUCUUCUGCAGAAUAUUCGCUUUGGCUUCGGACGGACAGUCCCUGAAAACAACUCAAGGACCCUGGGCUAUCAGCAAGGUUUGCAGCCGCUGGCGCUCCAUUGUCUUAUCCACCCCGACGUUGUGGACACGUCUGCAAAUAAAUCUGGCGUUGUGGAUUCCAGAUGCUAGGCGUCGUAGGAAUGAAUUCGGGUGGCCCAGCCGCGAUGUUUAUAAUGAUUUGUUGGACCACAUGCCGUUCGCGGAUGACUUUGAUCAGGAUCAGGAAUCGUUUGUCCUUAGUGAGACAUAUGCUAUCUCCGCAGGGGCAAGAGAAAACGACGAAGAUCUGCGAGAAAGGGAGAGUGUCUGUUCUCCUGGGGUGCAAAGGGGGUCAACGCAUCUAUCGGAAUGGACCAUUGCAAGACUGCGGGAGCAGCUAGGGCGGUCUCAGUCGGCCCCUCUGGACGUCAAAGUAUAUAUCCCUUCAGCCGCACCGCCCACAACUCCUUACCUUAUUCCGUUCAUCGAGCUGCUGUUUUCUCAGUCGCAUCGCUUCAAGUCGCUUUCCACUGACAUCUCCGCCUCUGUAAUCACGCCAGAUUACAAGAAACUUGGAAAUGUCAGGCGGCUCAAGACAAACGUCCCUUCAUCGUUUGCCUUCAAUACUUUGUCCUUGCCAGUCGUGACGGCAUGUCAUUUUGUCCUCGAAGGCACUUCCACGCCUCCAUUCACUUCCGAACCUAGGAAAGAAGAAGAACGGCUCGACAAUUUACGCGAACUCGUCCUUGAAAGCCAAAAUCCCAUCCAUGCACAGGAUCUCCAAGUCCCCAUUGGCGCACUUCAGCUCCCUAAGACUCUGGCGUCGCUCACUAUCCGGAAUCUCGCUCUAUCCGUUGCAGUAGUUAAGAAUCUUCCUGAGACGCAGAAGAUGCGCAUUAUCAAGGGACCGAAGGCCUACAUGACAUACCUUCCUGAGGAUGUCAUUGUGGCGCUCAUUAACAAAAUUGACCAUCGUUUGGAUAAUGGCCUGUUGCGAUCGGUCAGCGUCCAGGGGUUUACAGUACCCAAGCUUGACUCUGCACUCUGGUGCAGAAUCGAGGCUUUGAACGAGAGGGAAAACGUUGAUAUCCAGUUCAUUAGGCUCUGGCAAUAGUUCAAUCAAGAUUGGGCCGCCUGGUUUUCAGAGACCUGGAGGAUGGAGGUCGUAUAGAUCCUCCAUUGGGGUCUGACUAUGAAUUCACUAGUUCGACACGACUCCUUGCACUGUUUCCCAAAUCGAUUUCUAAUACGCUAUCUGCUACUUUAAUCCUAUAUAGAAAAAUCUACUUGUACUAAAUUUCUCGGUAUUUCUGUACUUGUACUUCCCUCACUACUCUAUUCCCGUCAAUGAUCAUGCGGCCCUUAGGCAUUGUUUGAUAAGUUAUAAGUACACAUUUGGAGGGCAACUGGAGGUGUUCCUACACAUCAGAAAC